GAAGCGGCGCUCCCAGGAUCUAACUGCGCUACACCUACUAUAGUUCAACUUCAACCGAGACAAUGCGGUCCCCAGGGACGUUCCUACUACUACUACUCCCAGCAGUCCUCGCCUUUAAACCAUCCGACUUCAAGACAUGCUCCCAGUCCGGUUUCUGUCGCAGAGGACGCGCCCUCGCAGAACGCUCACAAGAAUUAUCAUCAUGGCAUUCUCCGUACUCAAUUGAACCCCCAGAACUUAGCCCUCAUCAACCAGGCUUCACCACAAAUGUCCAUUCGUCUGUCUAUCCCAAUGUCAAAUUCGUGCUUGAUGUUAUUAUACACGAGGAGGGCAUUGUGCGCGUGCGAAUGGACGAAGAGAACGGACUGAGGAAACGAUAUAACGAAGCUACUCAGUGGGCGCUCAUUGGGGAACCUUUGUUGAGUGAUGAUGUCUUCUGGACCGUCGACAGUAAAAAAGCCAAAGCUGUUUAUGGACCAAAGAAGGAUAUGGAGCUCGUCAUCGACUUUAACCCUCUCAAAAUCACGCUUUUCCGGGGUGGUGUGGAACAGGUCGUAUUGAACGGGCGCGGUUUACUGCACAUGGAGCAUUUCAGGACAAAGGAGGACUCUAAAUUAGUUGAACAUAUCGAAGGCGAGGGACAAUCUGUCCUCCAAGUCAACUCUGCAGCAUGGUUCGAAGGCGACACCCAAGACGCCUUCUGGGACGAAACCUUCUCCUCAUGGACAGACACAAAACCCAAAGGCCCCGAAUCACUCUCCCUCGACAUAACUUUCCCCAAUCACGCCCACGUAUACGGAAUCCCCCAACAUGCCACAAACCUUUCCCUCCCAAGCACAACAGGCCCCACCGCAAGAUAUACCGACCCCUUCCGUCUCUACAAUUCAGAUGUCUUCGAAUACCUCGCCGACUCGCCGACUUCUCUCUACGGCUCGAUUCCGCUCAUGCACGCGCAUUCUGCAACGUCGACGGUGGCCGUUUUUAAUGCCAUUGCGUCGGAAACAUGGAUCGAUAUCGCUCAUGUAAAAGGUGGUGUAGAAACGCACUGGAUAUCCGAAUCUGGGAUCCUGGACGUGUUCCUACUCCCAGGCCCAACACCCACCGACGUCUUCACCCAAUACGCACAUCUGACAGGAACAGCGCCCCUCCCAGCCCACUGGUCACUCGGAUAUCACCAGUGCCGCUGGAACUAUGUCAGUUCAGACGACGUGCGCGGUGUACAGGAUAGGUUUGAUGAGGAUGAUUUUCCGGUGGAUGUCUUUUGGUUGGAUAUCGAGUAUGCGGAGGAUCACAAGUACUUUAUGUGGAAUAAGAAGACGUUCCCAGAUCCGGUGGAGAUGACGAAGGAUGUGGAGGCUGUCGAGCGAAAGAUGGUAAUCAUCGUCGACCCCCACUUAAAACGCUCAAACGACUACCCGGUAUACAAACGCGCAUCCGAACUAGAAGUCCUCGUUAAACCAAAGAACGGCGAGGGCGAAUAUGAAGGAUGGUGUUGGCCCGGCUCCAGCUCAUGGAUCGACUUUUUCCAUCCUGGUUCUUGGGACUUUUGGAUUUCACUGUUCAAGACGGAUACUAUCGAUGGUCAGUGGAGUUGGACAGAGAGCACUAACAAUGUCGGUAUUUGGAACGAUAUGAACGAGCCGUCAGUGUUCAACGGACCGGAAAUCACGAUGCCGAAAGAUAACAUCCAUUACGGUGGUUGGGAGCAUAGAGACGUGCACAACAUCAACGGAAUGCUCUUCGCAAAUCUCACAUUCCAAGCGGCAGAAGCCCGCACAGACCCCCCACGACGCCCAUUCGUCCUCACCCGCGCCUUCUACGCUGGUUCUCAGCGUUUCGGUGCGAUGUGGACCGGCGAUAAUCUUGGUACGUGGGAGCAUAUGGCUGUUGGGAUUAAGAUGGUGCUUGCGAAUGGAGUUGGGGGGAUGCCUUUUGCUGGAUCCGAUGUCGGCGGCUUCUUCGGAAACCCCGAACCUGAAAUGUUAGUGCGCUGGUACGUAGUGGGCGCAUUCUCGCCCUUCUUCCGCGCACAUGCGCAUAUCGACACGAAACGCCGAGAACCGUACCUUCUUGAGGAGCCCUACAAGAGUUUAGUGAGGGAUAUUUUGAGGUUGAGGUAUUCGAUGCUUCCUGUGUGGUAUACUGCAUUUAGGGAGACGAGUGAGAAUGGGGUUCCUAUUCUCCGGCCUCAAUAUAUUAUGUUCCCCGAGGACGAAGCUGGGUUUGGAAUUGAUGAUCAGUUUUAUGUUGGGUCGUCGGGGUUACUUGUUAAGCCUGUGACGGAGAAGGGGGUGAAGGAGGUUUCUGUGUAUAUUGCUGAGGAUCAGGUCUACUACGACUACUUCACCAACCAGCCCCACCGCCCCAAAAACCGACAGAUAACCCUCCCCGCAAACCUCGACCAAAUCCCUCUCCUCAUCCGCGGAGGCUCUAUCAUCCCCACCCGCGAACGUCCGCGCCGUUCCUCGCCACUGAUGAAACACGACCCGUUCACACUCCGCAUCGCGCUUGAUACUUCGGGCAAUGCGCGCGGGGAGGUGUAUCUUGAUGAUGGCGAGACGUAUGGGUAUGGCAGGGGGGAUGUUGUUUGGCGUGGGUUCGGUGCGGAGAGCACGAAAGGAAAGGGGAAAGGGACUGGGACGAUGCGCAUCUCGUCCGUUGAUCUUGCCGUAAGAACGCAAGUGGGUGCGUACGACCCCAAGAACGAGUUCGCGCGCAGUGUGGGGGAUGUAAGAGUGGAAAAGCUGGUCGUUCUUGGACUUGGGAAGAAGCCUUUGAGUGUUAUUUUGGAGGGCGGAAGUGAACUUGAGUGGGAAUUUGCGUCGAAGGAUGGGGCGGGGGUGUUGGUCAUCAAAGAUCCUGCAGUGCGCGUGGUGGAUGAUUGGGCUGUCGUUGUGAAGUUGGAGUGAGAUACCAUCCUAAUAUUGUUUAUAUCACUCGUGCAUUGUGAAUGUUCAUCUGCUUUCAUGUUUUCA